ACUCGAUCGACACGUCGACCCUCCUCCUUGUUUCUUUUUUAGCUGUCCCAGACCCAGCUGGAAAACAAGUGUCCGCUCGAGACGCCGGUUUUUCGGACAUGCGUGCCACCUGAACGACAGCCCAGAAGCCCUGAUCCUCCACUUCAAUCAUGGCGUUGCAGCGUUUGCCAUCCGUUUUCCUAGUGCUUUUGCUGGUUCUGUUUGGAGCCCGCGGUGUGAAGAAAGAAAGCACCCUGGAAACCAUGUCCGACGACGAACUGGUCAAUUUGGUCCGUACGGAGAAGCACGUCGUCGUCGCCUUCGCCCAAAGGGACCACGACGCCAGUGAAAAGCUGGAAGACGCAAUCCUGUCUCUCAGGGAGGACCUGGUGGACGCCCUGGGUGCGUGGGUGGUCAAGGCGGAGAACAGCGCCAUGGCCAGGCUGUACAACCCCAAAGCGCCGAACACGCCCUUCGCCGUCUACUUUAGACACGGCGUCCCGCUCCUCUAUGACGGUGAACUGGACGAGGACCUCAUUCUGCACACGUUCAGCAACAGCAAGGAGCCGGCGGUCAGGGAGCUCAACGACGACGUCUUCGAGCACCUCACCCAAGCAGCGACUGGCGCCACCACUGGGGACUGGUUCGUCAUGUUUUAUGGCACGUCUUGCGUCGAAUGCCAGCGUCUUCAGGCGACCUGGGAGGCAGUGGCUGCCAGACUGAAGGCACGUCUGAACGUGGCCAGGGUCAACCUGGAGCUGAACGGCGCCGCCACCGGACGCAGAUUCCGCGUCCACAAGAUGCCAACUUUUAUUUUCUUCCGACAGGGCAAGCUGUACAGGUAUCCACUGGACAAACUUGACGUGCCGUCGCUUGCCAGCUUUGCCACUGAGUGGUACAGAAACGCUCGCGCUGAACCCGUGCCAACUCCACUCAGUCCAUUUGACGACAUAACCCAAGCGAUCGCUGACUGGCUGCGCUACACAGAGUGGCCGUGGAUGGUGGCGACCGGCGGAAGUCUGCUGGCUAUUAUCGCACUCUGGGCCUUCUGCCUGCGGGGAAGGAAGAAGAAGGUGGAGAAGAAACAGAAGAAAGCCAAGUAAAAGCAAACUUAUCCAUUCCCUUCUGCAAGUUACUAUUUUCGUAAGCGCGGUUGUAACUCAUGCACCAUUUGUUUGUUCCUAAAAUUAUUAAGCUGUAAGUCUUUUCCCCUCACUAACAAGUUGAAGUUUGCAACUAAUCAAGUCGGCGAUUUUUUUCCCUGGAGAAAAGUUUGCCGCAACUUUCCGCUGCGAUUUUUUGUACCGAGACCAGAGUUUGGAUAUUUUUUGAUAUGGAAAAAUAAACAGAAAGUAACGGAAAAAAA